AUGCUAUGGCGGAUGUGUAUUAUCUUGGUUUUCUCAAUUCAUUCCUGGACCAAGUGCCAAAUUUGUGGAAAUGGGUUGUGGUAUGUUGCUGGACGGAUGAUAUGUGCCUUGAAAGCAGACAUGCAAGAGAGUUUGACACCUUACAGUUACAAACUAACCUUUACAAAACAGUCAAACUACAAUUACUGCAAAUGGUAUCAAGUUCCUGUUACUACUGAAGAAAUGAUGGAGUUAACUGUGUCAACUCGUGUGAUCUUGUUGAACGCUCAAAUUGAAUCUCUCUCCUCAGACUCGGAUUUUUGUAUACAAGAUCGUUUAACGCUAAGAGAUUCAUUGGCAGAAGAAGCUGCAGACUCUAGGGUGAUCGCCGGUGCUCGAAAAUUCAUGAGGAAGCAGUACACAAGGAAAGCGUUUUCUAGCUUGAGUUUCAACUAA